AUGGAGGUUGCAGGCCCACCUUGGCAACCAACAGUGAAACAUACAGUGGGUGAUAUGAAAAAGACACUGCGGACAGACAUAUUGAACUUAGUGUCUCUGCUUCUUAACCACCUCGACACUGACAUCGGGCUAGCAGCACAGCUCAAAGUGUUUUGCAUGCAAGCAAUAAGUUCACGUUUGACUCUAUAUUCCACAAGCAUGCUUUCUGAUGGUCGUUUCAUAGUGAUGGAACUUGCCUCCUGUGUCAUGCCUUUCUCAUUCAGUGCGCGCAAACAAUAUAAAUCAGUCCUGCGCAUGAUGGCGAUCUUACAUGACGAGUUCAAGAAACAAGAAGCACUGCUUGAUGAGAUUAAUUAUUGCGUUCUGCGUGCUAAAGGGACUACUGUCCGACAUGUGUUGAGAGUGCCAGAAGAAAAGCAGAUAAAAAAAGCCAUGAAGUGA